AAAGGAUUUCCAUAAAUUUGAUGGCUAUUUCCUUGUUGGCAUUACCAAAGACAGUAAAUCAGUCAACCACACAUCGUUAAGUGCAGCCGUUCAACACUGUAGAGUUGAAAGAAACCGUUGUACUGGGAUUCAGAGGAUAAGAACUACUUACACAACAUCACUUGCAGAACGAUUGGUUCUUGUCAAUGGAUCCUUUGCAAAUAUCUACACAGCAUAUUUAAAAAGUGCAUGUGCACCCCGUUAUUAUGGUGCAGAAUGUGGCAUGAUUUGUAGCUGUAACGGAACUGAAAAUUGCAAUCUGUUAAAUGGACAAUGUGCAGAAAAUGAGCAGUGUAAUGAAGACAGCUUAAGCAGUGAUUGUCAACAAGAUGUGAUUCAUCUUAGAUGCCCAAAAGAUCCUGGAUGGUGGUAUUGGAAGAACAACUGUUAUUACAUAGAAACAACAAAUCGCUUGACUUGGGGAGAAGCAAAAAAUUUCUGCAUGGCUUAUCAUGAAACUAAACUACUACCGACGCCACAAAGUAAUGAGGAAAAGGUGUGGUUGACUACUGUGUUAAAGGAUGUUAUAUGGAUUGACUCUGAAAUGGGAAAAACAAAGGACACGACAAACAGAUACCAACAUGUUUUGGAAAUACUCUAAAAAAAUACUUAUCUUGCCAUUGAGAAAAAGAACAUAUGCAUAUAAGGAACAAGCAGAGUCAGCCUGCCUUUUAGAAAAAGAAUGCACCGGAAUUAGUUAUUGGAGAAAGAAGUACCGACCAGUCAGUGGUAAAGAACUGAUUUCAGCUAAAUCAAAGGAGAAUACUGCAUACCUAAAAAGUGUUUGCAGUGAAGGACAUUAUGGAGCCUAUUGUCAGGAAAAAUGUCCAGAAUGUCCAGAAGAUAGACCAUGCAAUAGAUUAACAGGGAAUUGUGCUGAAGAAUUGACGUGUACAGAAAAGAAAAAAAUAAAUCUCUGUAAAUUCAAACUGAAAAGCAAGUUUUGUUACUAUUCCUGGAUAUACUUCAAUAAACACUGUUACUAUAUUCCGACAUUUGGGCUGAUCAGUAAAUAUGAUGCAGAAUAUAUGUGCAGCCAAUUUAAAGGAGCCCAACUCAUAAACCUGGCUACCAUUCAGGAAAGGGAUUGGGUGCUUGGAAUAAUCUCUGAAAACAUAUGGCUUCACUCAGUUGGUCCAGCUUUCCUCCCCAGAAUGAUGCUGUCAACAAUGGAAGAAAAGAUAACACAAAGGGUUCUAACAGACGCUGAGCAGCUGUGCCUUCAGUUGCUGCCUGGAGAGGGUCAUUUGGUGUCAGUUCCCUGUUCCUAUAAUGCUUCAUGGGUCUGCAAAGCCCCUUUAGCUUCAGAACACGUAGAUGCUCCAGACACAUGGUGGAUGUCAUUGGUCACCUCUACUAUAGCAACCAUUAUUGUGUUGAUUGUGACUGUGUUUCUUACAUUUAAAUAUGGAUUCUGGAUUUUAGAAGCUGCAGAGGAAGUGCAACCUGCACUGCUUUUGUGAGAUGUCAAGAACAGAGUCUUGUGGAAAUAUAUUUUCAUCUUGAAAAAAAGGGCAAAACCUAGUGUGUAUAGUUGGUAGACUAAAUUCUUGAGUUGUUAUAGUUGUAUUUCUAAAUAUUUUUGAGUGGGUGGAUAAGGUUUUGUAAUAGAAGAAAAAAAUGCCAAAGAUUAAACAAUUGUUCACCUCUUUGAACAAACUUUGGAAAAUAACACAGUAAUCUUAGAUGAAUUUAGUGGCUUCUAGCAUUAAUUCACAAAACUGAAACAGUUCAACAGCAAACUUUUAAAUACAGUUCUUUGAACAGUUCUACAAUCUUUAGAACUCCCAGUGAUGAUUUUCUGCUUAUUAAAUUAGUAAAUA